AUGUCGCUGGACAAUCCCUUCCUCGUCAGCCGCGCCGGCUCCCCCGCAGCGCCGCCGCCGCCGGGGCGAAGUGCAGACGGUCAUCUUGACGGCUCCCGCGCCGCUUCGGCUUCCGCGUCGAACCCCGACAUGGCGGCCGGGCUCGCAACAUCCGGCCUCCACGCCCCGGCGAGCAGCGCAAGCAUGGCCGACAUGGACUGGUCCGACCUGUUCUUGUUUGGGAACGAAGACGAUGGCGGCAGCGGCCUGGACCAGCCGCAACACUACCACCAUCAGAGCACCCCAGACGCCGGCCUGGUGCCCCCGAUGCCGGGCCUGGGCGCCCAGCAGGCUUGCCUCCCCUUCCCGCCCGACAACUUCUCGGGCGUCGGCGUGCCCGGCUUCGGGGGCAGACCCGAGUUCCUCGGCAUGGCGGAAUUCUUCCAGAAGAACGGGGCGUGGCGGCCUUCGCAGCCGUGCACGCACUGCAAAAGACUGCGCCUGCAAUGCUUCAUCAUCAACACGUCGUCGGCCAACCCCAACCCGGUCCACUCGUGCUCGAGCUGCGCCGCCCUCUUCCGCCAGUGCAGCCUGACGGGGCGCUCCAAGCGGCAGCAUUCGCCCUUUGAGACGGCGGCGCCCGUCAUCGGCCACCUGCACGGCGUCAGCGAGGAGGGCGAUCCCGCCACCUGGCAUGGAAUGCCCGGCGUGCCGCUUGCCGACGCCUCGGAAGACUCGGCGGGCGUGUCCCUGGCGCCGACGCCCGGGUCCAGCAAGCGGUCGAGCUCGAGGUCUGUCCGCCGGACGCAGGUUCUGCGCGACUGGUAUGCCUGCAACUUCCACCACCCCUACCCGACGGACACGGAGAAGACGGCGCUCACCGAGGAAUCGGGCCUGAGCAGGACUCAGGUCAUCAACUGGUUCACCAACGCGAGGCGCCGCGACCGCCAGUCGGGCCAGCACGCGCACGGCCGUGCCGCUCCCGGCGCACCGGGCUCGACUCCCGCGCCGCAGUCCCAGCUCGUGUCCGCCAUGACGCCCCUGGAGCGGUGGCGCAACUACCCUUCGGAAAGCGAGCACGUGUCGGCGUCGGCCAUCCAACAGGCCCUGAGCACUAGCAGCGACAGGGACGAUGGCGAGGAGGAGGCGCAGGGCAGCUUUCCCGGCCUCGACGGGGGCGUCGGCCCCGAGGCCGGCGGCGGCCGGUGGCUCAGCGGCCAGGCGGCGAAUCCCUACUCUUCCGACGGCUCGGUGAAGUCGUCGUACUCGCGCUUUUCCGCCAACAGCGGCUCGCCCUGGUCCGCGCGCAGCCCCGAGGACCGCACGCAGCUCCCCUGGCCUCCCGGUCCGUCCCGGGCACAGCAUGCGAAGCCGCGGACCUUUACGUGUGGCUACUGCUCGCGGACCUUUUCCAAAAAGUACGACUGGCUGCGGCACGAGCGAUCUCUCCACGCGCCGGGAGACGUGUCCUGGACCUGCGCCGUCCCGCUGCAGCCCAACCAGUCCUUUCUGCUGUGGCGCCUGGGCCACGAGCAGCCCGAGUGCAUCUUUUGCGGCCAGGUGGCGCCGACCGAGGAGCAUCUACACUCGCACGAGUUUGAGGCGUGCUCGAAACGCGCGGUGCAGGACCGCAGCUUCUCGCGCAAGGAUCACAUGUGGCAGCACCUCUACAAGUUCCACGGGUGCCGCAAAUGGGAGGGCUGGAAGCCUGAUCUGAACCUGCUCCAACGCAAGGCGGGAGGCCUCGAGCGGGAUGCUAGCAUUUGA